AACAAAGCACAAUGAAGCACAACAAAGCACAUCGAGGCAAACUCAACAAAUGAAACGCACCGCCUCUAGGUGCUCAAAGAGCGCCUUGUACUCUGUCUCCUUGAGAAACUCUCCGUACUCGGCGGGGGUCAGCCCCUCUUCCUGCUUGAUCUGGGAUCCCGGCGAGCUGUAUCCGAACAAGAUCUCGACCCCCUUGUUCGUGUAGGGAUUGUCGUUGUUCUUGAGGGCGUCUAGGACCAGCAAWACCACCUCCCCGGCCGUUAGCUCCGGAUCGGGAACGGUCGACGGGGGGGAGUAUUCCACCUUGGCGUCGCCGCCGUCUCCGUCCUCGUCGUCGUCGUUCCCGGGACCGCUGAUCAUGUCGACAAAGCCACCCGCCGUGUCCAGGACGCGGUCCUUGACCUCUCCGUAGAGCUGRGCGUUGGGAAURUCGACGCUGGGGUUGGCGCUGGCGUCCUUGGAAUCGUACCCGACAAAGGCGUCGAUGGCGCCCUGGGGAAUGUUGGGCUCGGCCUCGUCGUCGUCGUCGUCUUCCUCGUCGUAGCCGUCGUCUGCGUAGUUGCUCCKGUCAUCCAGGGCGUCCCCCUCGUAGUUGUAGUCGAAAUCAUCKUCGUCGUCUUCCUCGUCGUCGUCCUCGAAAUCGCUCUCGUCGAUGCUGACACCCUUGGCCUGGGCCAUUUUAAAAAAUUCGCUCGCCAGGCUGGCCCCUUCCUCGUCGGUGCUUUCGUCUUCGGGGGUCGAAAACAGCCGAGAGGUGAACGGAGGCGAGAAAGAACCCACAGCGCACGACCUCCCGGCAGCAGUGCACGCCGUGCCCGCAGGUGGAAUCACAAAGGCAACGCAGGUACCACCGCUCUGGAGCACGACGGCUAGCAACGCCAGGGGCAAGAUUGUUGUGUGAACGGCGGGGAUCAUUGUAGCUCGGCAGGUAUGUAUUAGGUUCUUAGUUAAGAGACCGUAUUCAAUAAAAGGUAUGUAUUGG